CCCGCGGCGGGAGGCCGCCGCUCUGCCCGGGGCUCGGCCGGGGCUCCGCGCGCGUGCGGGCCGCGCCGGGCAGGUCCUAGGCGGCGGCCCGGCCCAGCGCUCGCCGGCCGGACUGGAGGGCCGGGGCUGAGGCGCAGGCCUGCCGGGCCUCCCCAGCGCCAAGAUGAGCGUCACCUCCUGGUUCCUGGUGAGCAGCAGCGGCACCCGCCACCGGCUGCCACGGGAGCUCAUCUUCGUGGGGCGCGAUGAGUGUGAGCUCAUGCUGCAGUCUCGCAGUGUAGACAAGCAGCAUGCGGUCAUCAACUACGACCGGGACCGGGACGAGCACUGGGUGAAGGACCUGGGCAGCUUGAACGGGACCUUCGUGAACGAGGUGCGCAUCCCGGACCAGAAGUACGUGACGCUGAAGCUCAACGACGUCGUCCGCUUCGGCUACGAUCCCAACAUGUAUGUGCUGGAGCGUGUGCAGCACCGCCUGCCCGAGGAGGCGCUCAGGCACGAGAAGUACACCAGCCAGCUGCAGGUGAGCAUCCGGGGCACAGCCCCCAGGAGGGGGGAGGCGCUGCCGGAGCCCGCACCCUACUGCGAGUCCUCGAACCCCAGGCCGGAGCGGGACCGGAGGCCCGGAGCAGAGACGGCGGCCUACCGCACACCCCUGUACGGGCAGCCCUCCUGGUGGGGAGAGGACGACGGCGGCGGCCCGCCCGAGGACCGGCACCAGGAGGGGACAUACCCAGAGCGGCCCAAGGAGCUGGCACCGCAGGACGGGGACCUCGCGGGGACGCCGGCCAGCUUCCGGGCCCCCACGGAGCCUCAGGGCUUCUCCUUCCGCCGGGAGCCCAGCUACUUCGAGAUCCCCACGAAGGAGGCCCUGCAGCCAGCGCGGCCCCCCGAGGCGCCGGUCCCCGAGGCGCCCACCGAGGAGGUGGAGCCGGGUGGGGCGGCGCCCGUGGUGCAGAGCCACGCUUCCUUCACCAUCGAGUUUGACGAUGGCAGCCCCGGCAAGGUGAAGAUCAAGGACCACGUCACCAAGUUCUCCCUGCGCCAGCGGCAGCCCCCCGGCAAGGCCGCGCCCGUGGAGGUGGUCUCCGCGGAGACCAAGGUGGCUGACUGGCUGGUGCAGAACGACCCCAGCCUGCUGCGCCGGGCAGGCCCCGGGGACGACCGCCACAGCACCAAGAGCGACCUGCCCGUCCACACCCGCACCCUGAAAGGCCACAAACACGAGGAUGGCACUCAGAGCGACUCGGAGAACCCGGUGGCCAAGGCGGCGGCAGCGGCGGCAGCGGCAGGGACCACGUCCUCUGGGGUCCCUGCGGAGAAUGGGGAGCAGGUGCGGCUGCAGAGGCAGAUCAAGCGGGACCCCCAGGACCUGCUUCACAACCAGCAGGCCUUUGUCAUCGAGUUCUUUGACGAGGACACGCCCCGCAAGAGGCGCUCCCAGUCCUUCACCCACGCCCCCCCUGGGGACCCCAAGGCCGACCGGCGCAGAGGCCCCGGGCCCGCCGACAGGGACCGCACAGGCGCCCCGCCCCGGGGCGCAGGCAGCAGCUCCGGGCCCCAGCGGGCCAGCUCGCUCAAGCGGGAGAAGACGGAGGAGCGGCCGGCUGGCCCCUCGCCCCCCACACGGGCCGCCACCCGCCCCUUCGGCAGCGUGGGGCGCCGGUCCCGCCUGGCCCAGGACUUCGUGGCCCAGUGCCUGCGGGAGGGCUCCCCAGCCGGGAGGCCUGGCCUUGAGAAGGUGCCCCCCACACUGCCCGCCCCCCUGACGCCCCGUGGGGCCAGUCCCGUGGCCCCCUCGCCCCCACCGGCACCGCCCGCGGACCCCCAGCUGACCAAGGCCCGCAAGCAGGAGGAGGACGACAGCCUGAGUGACGCGGGGACCUACACCAUCGAGACCGAGGCGCAGGACCCGGAGGUGGAGGAGGCCCGCAGGAUGAUCGACGAGGUGUUUGGCGUAUUCGAGUCCCCCGAACUCUCCAGGGCCUCCUCGGCCGUGUUUCGCCCAGUCAUCAGAGGGGACCCAGAUGAGUCGCCUGCCUCCCAGCCCCUGGGUGUGGCGGCCCAGGCGGAGCUCCAGGGCCUUCCAGUGCCGGGCUCUCCCGGCGGCCAGAAGUGGGCGUCCCGCUGGGCAAGUCUGGCCGACAGCUACUCAGACCCGGGCCUGGCAGAGGACGGCCCGGGGCACAGAGCAGGAGACCUGGAGUGCGCCCUGCCUGCGCGCCAGCGGCGGCUGCUCCCACAGCUGCCCAGCGAUCGGGCAGACGGCCCCGCUGGCCCUGAGGCCGCCCGGAGGAGCGGGCCCGGGCCCCCAGAGCCGGAUGGUGAGCUGGCCAGCCACCUCUUGAACCAGGAGGACUUGGAGCCUGACAGCCUCAGCGAUGCCAGCGGGUCCGACGGGGGACGGGGCCCGGAGCCCCGCAGGGGCCCCCCGGAGGGGCUGGCAUGGCUGAGGGGCCUGCGCUCACCGAGGGACGCUGGGGAGCUGGCCCCCAAGUCCGUCCUCACCGGGGACCAGGACAGGGCGGCCGCCUUUCCCCGGAGAACGUCUGUGGCUCCACAGGAGGUGGAGGGCCCAGGGCCCGCAGCCCAGCCCAGCCCUCUGUUGAGGGACAACGUCCCCACCAGCACGGGCUGCAGGAGGGCCGCCCAACUGCAGACACGGCCGUCCCCAGAGCCCGAGGGCCCCACCCAGGCCAAGGAGGCUGACGCCUUCAUCCGGCAGGAGAGCUUCACCAAGGAGCCCGCCAGUGGCCCCCCGGCACCCGGCCAGCUCCCGAGCAUCUCCAGCCACCCGCUGCUGCGGGACCUGGCCGCGGCCCGGGCCUCACGCGCAGCCCUGCCCCCCCAGGACACCCAGCUGAUUCUGAAGGAGACCGAGACGGCCCUGGCGGCCCUGGAGGCCCGCCUGCUGUCUCCAUCUGCCGCCGAGGCCCGGGGGCCGCCCGAGGACUCCCUGUCUGGGGACUCGGAUGUGGACAGCGCCAGCACCGUCAGCCUGCUCAGUGGCAAGAACGGGGCCAGCCCCAGGAGCUCCCAGCUGGCCGGGCUGCAGGAGAAGACGCCGUCCCCGCCGGCAGUGCAGGACCUGGGGGGCGUGGCCCUGGGCGGCCCGCGGGAGCGGCUCUCGGAAAAGCAGCGCCACACAGUGGGCCCGACGGACGCCGGCCGAGGAGAGCCCACACGGCACCUGGCUGUGCGCCGCGGCCAGGGCUCCCUGGACUGGCCCGACCAGGAACGAGGCUCCGGUCUUGCCCACCCGCCUGGCUCAGACACGGUCGCCUCCGACCACGAGAACCACUCGGCCACUGGGACGGGGCGGCUGGGGUCUCGCCGGAAACCCACCGCGCCCCCGCCAUCCCCGGCUGCCCGGGAAGAGCAGAGCCGGGUGUCAGCCAGUGCCCAGAAGGUGCAGCAGGCCCUGACCCGCUCCAACAGUCUGUCCACCCCUCGGCCCACGCGGGCCUCCCGGCUGAGGCGGGCCCGGCUUGGGGAUGCUUCGGACACGGAGGCCAUGGACAGUGAGCGGGGACCCCCAGCUAACCCCGAGCCAGUGGGGCGUCCGGCGUCUGAGCAGGCCAAGAAGCUGUCGCGCCUGGACAUCCUGGCCAUGCCCCGGAAGCGGGCAGGUUCCUUCACAGGGCCCAGCGACUCUGAGGCGGCACCCGCCCGCCCCGGCUCCUGUGGCCGCAGCGUCGAGUGGUCCUGCGCUGGCCGCAAGCCCACCAGGGCUGAGGCUCAGGCUGCUGCACGGAAGACCCCCACCCCGGCCACGGCCCCCCGCCAGCCCUUCAGCAGGGCCCGCCCAGGCAGCGCCCGGUACUCCUCACCCAGCACACGCCGCCGGCAGCAGGGUUCCGACUGCACGUCCACCUCCGAGGAGGAGUGUGGCCCUCAUCACGGCUCCCCCAGGCACACGCGCUCCCGCACCUCGGCAGCCACGCAGACCCCGAGGGCCAGCAGCUGCAGCCGCGCCCGGCCCCGAGGCCCUGGCCUCCGGGACACCGAUGACGAGGAGGAGGGGCCAGACCCCUACGGUCUCGUCGUGCAGACGGCGGAGAUCGCGGAGAUCGCCAGACUGAGCCAGACGCUGGUGAAGGACGUGGCCAUCCUGGCCCGGGAGAUCCAGGACGUGGCCGGGGACGGGGAUGCGAGGGUCUCCCCGGGGCCUGCCCGCAGCCCCUCCCUCAGCAACGUGCCAGCCUCCACCAUCUCCGCCCGAGAGGAGCUGGUGCAGCGCAUCCCCGAGGCAAGCCUCAACUUCCAGAAGGUGCCGCCUGGUGCCCUGAGCUCUCGGGACUUGGACCAGAAUAUGAAUGACCGCCGGGAGGACCCCCUGGCCAAUAAGACGAGGCCUCGGAACCGCGAGGAGGUGAUCUUCGAUAACCUGAUGCUGAACCCUGUGUCCCGGCUGUCCCAGGCCAUCCGGGAGGACACGGAGCACCUUGCCGAGAAGAUGAAGAUCCUCUUCCAGAACUCAGGGCAUGCGUGGGAGGACUUGGAAGCCAGAAUCAACGCCGAGAACGAGGUGCCCAUCUUGAAGACUUCCAACAAGGAGAUCAGCUCCAUCCUGAAGGAACUGAGGCGUGUGCAGAAGCAGCUGGAAGUCAUCAACGCCAUCGUGGACCCCAGCGGGAACCUGGACCUGCUGACUGCAAACAGGGGCUCUGCUGGCUCUGCCCAGCCUGGGAAGGGCCGGCCGACUGUCCAGAGUUUGUCCUCACCGCCCUCAGCCCUGUCCCUGAGGAGCUUCCCGCAGAGGGCCACCUGCGGGUCCCCCAGCCUCCCGGACCCCUCCUUCUUGCCCGACUUCCUCCCGGACUCUGAGAGGUUCCUGAUCUAGGGGGCAGGGUGGGGCGGCCCCUGUGUGUGGGCGCCUGGUGGGUGCUUCCCACUGUCCCCUCCCGCUGCCUCCACCCCUCCCGGCGGCAGCCGGUUCAUCACGAAGACCCCCACACGUGCCAUAACCCCACGGCGGGUGCUGCACCCAGGCCCCCCCUCGGCUCCCAGCCAGCACCCACAGGAUUGUCCAGCCCCUGCCCCGGCAGCCCCCCGGCCCCGCUUCUGCUGUGGCCACUGCCAAGGGCUGCACCAGGGGCCUGUCCCCACACCCUCUGCAUCGCUGUCACUUUCAUCUUUAGCUUUCAAGGAGAGAGUCGUUUGUUCCGUUUCAGCAGCCUCCCUGCUUCUCGGGCCGGGCACGUACUUGCCUGUCCUGUCCUGUCCUGUCCUGUGUGCUGGCCGGCCAGGCAGAGGCAGGGGCUGCCCGUGGGGUCACUGAGUGCCAAACAGGGAGCUGGGCGGGCUCGACAUCUGGGGCUCAACGUGUGGGACUCGAGGGUGUGGGCAGGGUGGGGACCAGCAGCUCGGGCCUUUGGUGCCAAUACGCCUGCAGACCCGCGGAGCAUGCGGGCUGCUGUGGGGAGGGGCUGGGUGUGCCCCGCGCCUGCUCACUGCCGGCCCAGGCACAUCCGCAUGGUGUGCGAGGCCCGUCCCAAGACGGUGCUGGGCCCCCGCACUUGGCUUCUGGUAGUUCUGGGCCGGACCAGAGUGGCUGCAGCCGCCCUCCUCUGGACUCUGGGCAGAUGGGGCAUCUUCAGGCGCCCCUUCCCGUGGGUGGGGGUAGGGACAGGCCCUGGAAGCAGUGUGUCAUUUCUCAGGAUUCUGUCAGCGGGAAUGUGCCAGGCGGCCCCUCCUGGGGGCCCGUGUUUCUGGAGCCUCUAAGCCAAAGAGCCGUGGGUGGGGCGGGGCGUCCCCUCGGCCCAGUGCUGUGGCCGCCGUGCACCCGCCUGGUGUCCGUGUGUUGACUGCAGGAGGGACUGACGGCGGGGGUCACACACACGGGGGCUGGGGGGCUGGCUCUGUGUUUACAUUGGCGUCCAGGCGCAGCCCCUGCCCACAGAUGUCUACCUGUGUGAGUGGCAGUCACUUGGAGGCGGUGCUAGUCCUGGCCCCGCCCCACAUGCCCCGCCCCA